GUAGAGGAAGCGUGCUGUCGGUGCGGGACGGUGUAUUUCAAAGCCAGCUGCUUGUCUGUUUCAUUCAGCCUUCUCACCCGCAGGUUUGUGUAACUAUGGAGCUGAGGGAAAUAAAAUAAACCUCUGCUUCCUGGAUCUAGACGUGCAUUACCAUCUGAUCUGUGUAAAUUGCUCUAGCCUUACAACUCCAAGAUAAGAAAAUAUCCAGAGGUAAUCAGCAUCUGUGGAGAGAGAAAUACAGUCAAAGUCUCACCCAAUAAAUCAUUCCAAGAGUGCAGGAGAGUCAACUUUUCUGAGAUUAAAGAGUGUGCUCUGCAGUGAAAACCUGAUUGGCUAAGUGAAAAAGAAACUGUGGAUGAGCAAGUUUGAUCUCGUAGCUGGACUAAAAAUGUUGCGCACAAAACUCGGUCGUCUCAAGUGCUGUCAUCUCAGGUACAGGCAUUCCAGGUGGAUUAUGACAGGAAUCGCCUCUUUGGUGGUAUUGUUGCUUCUUAUAAGCCAUGACAGAGCUUCUGUAAACCAAUUCAAAAACUUGGAACUCGUUGAAGAGGACCCCAGAUUUUAUGUAAACUGUACAAAGGUUAUCAGUGGAGAUGAAGAAGCAAUAAAGUUAGCUAAACUUCAAACAAUAUCAAAAGCAUUUAAAAAUCGACCUGUGCUGAGUGAGGAAGAUUAUAUAAACUUGACCAAACACUGUGACAACUUCAUUAAGUUACAAAAGUACAUCACAUUUCCACUUAGUAAAGAGGAAGAAGAAUUUCCAAUAGCAUACUCAAUAGUAAUCCAUCAUAGAAUUGACAUGUUUGAAAGACUUUUACGGUCCAUAUAUACACCUCAGAAUCUUUACUGUAUUCAUGUGGACCAAAAAUCACCUAAGAUCUUCCAAGAUGCAGUUCAGAGCAUUGUUUCUUGUUUUGAUAAUGUAUUUCUUACCAGCCAGUUUGAGACUGUAAUUUAUGCAUCCUGGAGUAGAGUUCAGGCUGACUUAAACUGUAUGAAGGAUCUCCUAGGAAAGAAUUCAAGAUGGAAAUACUUGAUUAAUCUCUGUGGCAAGGAUUUCCCCAUAAAAACCAAUCUGGAAAUGGUGGAACUGCUCAAAGUCUUAAAAGGAACAAACAGCCUAGAAACAGAAAAGACUGCACCCCAUAAAGAAAUGAGAUGGAAAAUACAACAUAUUAUAGAGAAUGGAAAAUUAAAAAAUACAGGAACUAAGAAAGAAGCUCCUCCAAUUGACACACCAAUGUUUUCAGGAAGUGCCUACUUUGUUCUUACUAGAGAUUUUGUAGAAUAUUUAUGGAAAAGCUCUAAAAUACAGAAGUUUAUUGAAUGGGAAAGGGACACUUACAGUCCUGAUGAACACAUGUGGGCAACCCUCCAAAGAAUGCCUGAUGUCCCUGGGUCAGUCCCUGUCAGUGAGAAAUUUGAUGUCUCUGAUAUGAAUGCUAUAGCAAGGCUGGUAAAAUGGAGCUACCUAGAAGGUGAUAUUUCCAAAGGAGCACCUUAUCCACCCUGCACUGGUACACAUGUCCGUGCAGUGUGUGUAUAUGGAGCAGGAGAUCUGAAGUGGAUGCUACAGCAGCAUCACCUGUUUGCCAAUAAGUUUGAUACAGAAGUUGAUGGUGUAGCAAUUCAAUGCUUAGAGGAGCAUCUAAGACAUAAAGCUAUUUCCAAUCUUUUAAAUUAUGCAUAAAUAUUAUCUUCCAAAAGGCUUGAAACAAUAAGAGGUUACUUUAAUCUUGCAUCAAUGAGGCCCUGAUUUGAUUUGGAAGAGUUGGGCAAGUUGUCAAGUUAUGCCUUGGGUGGUAAAUCUUGAGCCUUCACACUUUCUGAUCACCCUAAUAGCCUUUUGACAGCUUGAACAACCAAAGCUCUUCUCAACUAUUGUUAAAUAUCAAAGCUUGGAGACAUUUAAAAAUUGUUGAUAUUAUUCAUCACUUGUAAUGGUGGUGGUAUGAAAGAAAAAACCGGUGUUUACUGCCUAAUUCCCUAUCAAGAAGCCAAGCUGAUGGAAAGGCUUAGCUCCCUUUUGGUGACAAAACUGUCAAGAUAAAAUAACCAAGCUAUUGCUCCAUCAGUAGAAGCAAAGGGAGAAGGGGCAGGCUGCUUCAUGAGAAGGGGGAGGAGCAGUUCUCCUCUUACUCCUGCGAUCCAUAAGCAGUGCUAUAAGGGUUCUUAAAUUUUCCUUUAAAUUGUCUAUACCUUCUUUGAAAUGCCAGGGUUCCUGAGGCCCAUGGAUUAAACAUAUGUGAAGCUAUGAGCCUCAUUAUUAUAUUUAAUCAGUCAAUACACCUUCUGGGAUUAGAUAGUUAACUGUCCUACCUCCAUUAAACCUGGAAGAGAGCAGAUUAGGUUGAAUUUGAAAUUUUGAAAUUUUUGAUCAAACUCAACCUCAGCCUACCUGACUUUGGGUUUGAAAUUAUUUCCAGGAUUCCUUAAAGUUGACACAGCCUUUCUUCAUUAAAGUCUAAUUCCAUCAAAUUUGCCAGGCUGGUACCAGAAAAUAGUUCAUAAAUUUACUGGACACUAAACAUAAUCAUGAAACACAAGAUAGGAUUUUAAACAUGUCUCCCUCAGUUCCUUCUCAAAUUGACAUCAGGUUUUUUCAUUAAAGGAGAAAACCUCAGAUAGUGUUAUUUAUUUAUUCAUUAAGGCUAAACAAAUUUUUGCCGCUGACUUUUUUAAAUAACAUACUUCCGUUUACAAAGUAGGAGUUUAAUAUACAGUGGCAUGCAAA